GGUGUGUGGAAAUCAAAGGCCUGGUGACUGAGUGAUUUCAAAUGGUUUGAAAUCUAUCAUGAGGGGUUCAUUAGGUAGCGCAGCUGGCCGAUCAAUUGAGGCGACCUACCUAGCCGAACACUUUGUUUAAUGUUACCGUUGUACUGCCCAGCGUGGAGUAGGAGGAGGGGGACGACAUCCGCGGCAAUCAAUUAAUUGCGAGCGGUUCUGGGUUAAUUGGGCUCGUUAGAAAUCGGUUUAAGUGGUUUUAAAUCGAUGAGCUGAUAGCGGAGAGAAGGCUAGGGGGGAGAACGCCCGAUGACGUGUCGUGUUUUCUCUCCUGUCUACCUCUCUAUUCACCCGUCACGAGUCGGUUAGAACAGACCUGUGCUGCGGUCCGGGGUCCAGCCCGGCCCGGCUGUACGUGUGCGUGUUUUCAAUUGAGGACAAGGGUGCUGGAAAUAUCCAUUUCUGUGGCAUUUCUGGCAGGGGCGAAACCCGAGCUUUUGAUUGACAGCUAAUGAUUUAGCUGUAGCGGGAGUGGAUCGCCCUGGAGGUUCCUUUUGUCUUUAUUGUCCAUUGUGUCCAGACCAGAGGAGUGUGGUAGAUAAGACUGUCCACUUUCUUCGACCAUCCCGAGUCCCGAACCUCGCUCCGCUUUCUGCCUCAUAUGCCCGUGUCAACAAAGCCCCUUUAAUUACCCUUAUCAGCGUCCACAAUCGCUGUAUUGAUUUGUUUAGUGUGUCAAAUAAUUCGGCUCAAUUGUGCAGCGUUUCUGGAACGAGGUGCCAACUGAUUGGGAGUAAUUGCGGCAGUUGUGCCAUUGGCUCUCCGCCACCGGUCGGAGCAGGACGGCGCGCUAGUUCAGUCCUGACUACGGGCGCGGGUCGCAGGUGGUCCCGAGGAUGGCGAUGCAGCAGGAGGCACGAGCGGCGUGCACCGUGGGCAGGCCGAUCGCGCUCUACACCACGCCGCCCAUAUGGCACCAGCACAUCUACCAUCCAACGUCCAAACAACCGACCCGCCACUUCAUCGCCGACAUCUUAGGAUUACGUCCCGAUAAAGAUGACAGGCCACGGUCGCCCUGCCUGCUCGGUCCUGAACUCCAGCACGCCAAGGCCGUAGACUCGGCCAGGUCACCGAAAGGGAACGCGAGGACCUCCGUGGGCGCUGCGGGCUCGACGCGAGAAGAUUCCGACUCCGAGGCGCGGUCGUCGGACAGCGGCCGAGACCAGGACGAGUCCGGCCAUGAGAGUGGCGACAACAAGGUCCCCAACGGCACAAAAAGAAAAUACGAAGAUGGCGGCAAGAAUUCCGAAAAGGACACAGACGGCACCCAAGAAGACAAGCCGAAGAAGAAGAAAGCGCGGACGACGUUCACAGGAAGACAGAUUUUUGAGCUGGAGAAACAAUUUGAAGUGAAGAAGUACUUGUCAGCGUCAGAGAGAGCAGACCUAGCGGCCCUACUGAAUGUCACAGACACACAGGUCAAGAUCUGGUUCCAAAAUCGCCGGACAAAAUGGAAGAAACAGGACGGCAUCUCCAACGCCGAGGCGGCGGAACACAAAAUCGGCGGCAGUCGUCACAUCGAUACGGUGCGCCAACGCGAGCAGCAGCGAUCCACCAAGGAGCUUCAGAACUGCGAGGCGCCUGUUGAAACUGAAACAACAACAGACUGCAAUGACUCCAACAAUAACAGCACAGAGCGGGCCGAGCACAGCGGGAUGGAGACCGAGAAUGCCGAGCCCGACCUGCGGCACGCCGCGGACCCAGAACCCGCCGAACCUCCCGCUGGCGCCGUGGCAGCAGAAGCCCUCGAACCUCCGCCUAACCAGGAGGCCGUGAAAAACGGUACUGUGAACGUUAAAGACGAAUCUUCGCAAACGUGCGACACGGACUAGCCUAGCUGUAGCGUCAGGUGUUUGUGCAGAUGUACAGGUGUUUAUUUCACGAAUUAAAAAAGCUGUCUAUGGUAACAGUCGGAUUUUGUCAGGGACAAAGCAGUUUUCCUCAACUGAGUGUCUGACAUCGGAGAACGCAUAGCAGAUAACUGCCAGAUGUUUAUUAGAGUAGAUAUAUAGUUAUUAUGUUCGUGUUUCUUGCUUGUUCUCGUUGUUUUUCGUUAUCCUAGAGACUCGAAAAAGUACAAAGCGCUACUAGAGUUUAUUGUGAGAUUCAAACUGAGCCCGCGUGGGAAAAUCUAUUUGAACAUUCCUGACUUGAUUGUUGAUCCGUUUAGAACGGGUGACAAAUGUGAAAGAGAAAUAAGAUAAGAAGCGUAAAACCAGUCGCACUGGAUACUGUACAAAAUACGCCUAAUCUACCAUUGUAGGUUGUCUUUCUAUCGUAUCAAAGCUGUUUGUUUUGUUGUUGUAAAGAAGUUGUUUCUGGUUCGCUGUAGAAAAGUUUCACACAGAAGACUUGUUACCGAAACAUCCACGGUGUCAGAGGUCAUUUCGUUUUCUUUUCCAUGUCAUUCUGUCGUCUGCGUCGGUUCGCGGGGCCCAGACCCCAGACAUUGCUGGCAAUUGAACCGUGGCUCUUGCUAGUGGUUUGCCAAAACCUAAUAGUCCGAGUAAUUGUCCAAUAACACAGGGCCAUUACAGGUAGUUACUAAAUUGCCCUUUCAAUGAUUUUCCUUCCAAGGAAAGUGGCAGAAAUAUCUAUAUCGCGGUCUUUGUGUGGGCACUGUAAUCCGGGGAGUUAGAUGCGCUGUUAGGAUAGUGCAUUUACGGGCUUAAUGGACACAGAGGGUAGAAAGAUUCACGCCUGAUGUGCUUAUGAGUACAAGUUGGGUGCACG